CUCUCCUCUGAUUUGCUGUUGAAAACAUCCCUCUCCUUCACAGUUGUACUAAUUCAUUUUAUCAGAUUCUUUUCAUCACCUCAUUAACACACUCACACUCACUCACUCACUCACUAAAACCACAUCCAUCUUCCUUUUUUCCCCUUUCUUCUCAAUCUUUUCCCCCCCUUGUCUUUUUCAUCUUUCAUCCCUCCUCAAAAAGCAAAAAUAUAAAGUAAACAAAAGAUUUUUUUUUUUUAAAUUUCUAAAAAUACCCUUUUUCCUCAUUUUUUUUGUUUGUCAAAAAUCAAAAAUACCCAUUUUCAGAUUCUCCCUUUAACCCAAAACCCAUAGAUUCACACAUUUCACUCACUUUUUCUCUCUCUAGGGUUUUCUGCUUUUUCCUCUGAUAAUGCAAACUUCUUGAGAGCUCUCUAAAUUAAAUUUCUGAAAAAUCAUAAUGAAGUUUUUAAUGGGCAAUAAAUUUUUUGUGUUGUUCUUCACUUUUCUGCUUCUUUUUGCUGGAAUUUCUUCAGUUUCAGCUUCUACUCCACCUGGAAAAAUUUUUAGUGGGUUCAUCUCAAGUUCUUUAGCUAAGUUGAUGAAAUGGGUUUGGUCACUUAAAGCUACUACUAAAACUUCUGUUUCUGGGCGUUCAAUGAUGAAAUUUGAAAGUGGGUAUAAUGUUGAAACUGUUUUUGAUGGAAGUAAGCUUGGAAUUGAACCUUACUCUGUUGAAGUUUUACCAAGUGGAGAACUUCUCAUUGUGGAUUCUACUAAUAGCAAUCUUUACAGGAUCUCUUCUUCACUUUCCCUUUACAGUAGACCAAAGCUUGUUGCUGGAUCAGCUGAAGGAUACUCUGGACAUGUAGAUGGGAAAUACAGGGAAGCGAGGAUGAACCAUCCUAAGGGUGUUGCUGUAGAUGACAGGGGAAACAUGUAUGUCGCAGACACUAUGAAUAUGGCGAUCAGGAAGAUCAGUGAGUCAGGAGUAACUACAAUUGCUGGUGGAAAAUGGAACCAAAGAGGUGGGCAUGUAGAUGGACCAAGUGAUGAAGCAAAGUUUUCCAAUGACUUUGAUGUCGUCUAUAUUGGAAGCAGUUGUUCCUUGUUGGUCAUAGAUAGGGGUAAUCGGGCAAUCAGGGAAAUCCAGCUUCACUUUGACGACUGUGCUUAUCAAUAUGAAAGCAGCUUCCCUCUUGGAAUUGCUGUGCUUCUUGCUGCUGGUUUUUUCGGUUACAUGCUGGCUCUAUUGCAGCGGCGGGUUGGUUCGAUUGUGUCUUCUCAGAAUGAUGUGAAAAUUGCAGAAAGCUCUGUAUCAAGUCCAUAUCAGAAGCCUCUUAAAUCAGUGAGGCCCCCGUUGAUUCCUACUGAAGAUGAUGUAGAGAAGCAAGAAGAAGGGUUUCUUGGAUCUCUUGGGAAGUUGCUCAGCAAUGCUGGGACGUCAGCCAUGGAAAUAGUUGGUAGUAUAUUUCCAGGUUUUAGAAGAAAACCGGUGACAUAUCAAUACAGAAAUCAGAGUCAGUAUCAACCAUCUAAUACUUGGCAGUCACAGGAGAGCUUUGAGAUACCCAAAGAAGAGGAGCCUCCUUCAAUUGAAACUCGGGCACCUACCCCAAAGAAAACCUACGCUUUCAUGUCUAAAGAUGCGGAAAAGAUGCAGCAACAGCUGAGGCAAAGCCGAGUUUUCUACAGUGGUUGGGACACAGAAUUUCAGCAACAACAGCAGCAGCAGCAGCAACAAGAGCAGCAACAGAAGCAUGAAAGACAUCAGCACCGUCAUCAGCAUCACUCGUCCAUCCCUAAGACAUACUACGAGCAAAGCUGUGAAAAAACCAAUGAGAUCGUGUUCGGGGCAGUCCAGGAGGAACGAGGUGAAUCAGUCAUAAGGCCUACUGAUUAUGCUAUGGAUGCAUUCAAUCAGCAGAAUAUCCGGUUCAGAGCUGGCUACAACCGCAGCUUCUCAUCCUAUACAUAAACCAGAUCUCUGAUUUCUUGGCACAUAUCAUCUCCUACCUGUCAUUUCUUCGAAAACAAAAAAAAGUCGGGUACCAUGAUCCCUUUUUGAAGCAGGAGUAUUGGGGUAGUAUUUUACUUGGUGGGCUUACACUGUUAAAUUAUCAAAGCCUUUUGUAAGAGAAAUGGCACUCCCCUUUGAAUAUUGGUAUAUUGAAGUUAGUAAUAUAGAAGUAUUAUUCAUUUUA